CUCUCACCUGCAGGGAGCCAUAUUAACUUAUUGGACUACUAUUGGAGUCAUCGCUUCGGAAUGGGAUGGUAAAUGCCUACGCAUAUUUAAAGUCAUUCAAAGAGGAGAAAUUUGUCAACCCAAAAAGGUGAAUGGCAGGCUGCUACUGUCGCUGGCGUCGAGUGUUAGUCUGUGUGUGCAGUCCAUGUAUCUGCCUGAUCCUGCUGUUCCUUUAUGCGAGCAUCAUGGUGUGUAUCGACAUGAACAAGAUGACCAUACAUUCUAUACAAUCUGACCAUUUUGUGGCCAGUGGGAGUUUUAAAAAUAAAAGCUACACCUCUCUGCCUAAAACUUUCUGGAAGCUCCACGAAGAUGCUUUUUGGAACCAACUGCAGGUGGCUAUCGACCGCCAUUUCAACCCCAUCCUGAAUCCCCAAAACACAAAGACAGGUAUUAAGAACAAUGACUUCUACGAUUACCUUUUGAGGCUGAGCUUCUCUGAGGUGACUGACUUGGAGAGCAUGAGGAAGAAAUUGGAGCAGUUACCACAGCAAUUGCAAGACUUUGUAAGCAACAUGAAACGGAGAAACUACCCCGUCAUCCGCCAGCCUGCAAAUUCCACCUGCGGAGCUGGGGCGGCAGAUGAGCAGGAACCUCCGUUGCUACUCCUUGCUAUUAAGACGACUGGGCUGAACUUUAAAAAACGUCACGCCAUCCGACGAACCUGGGGCCAAGUGGGCUGGGUGGCCACAAAGAAGAAGAACGGCAAUGGAAGACAGGAAGUGGGAGGGUACGUCCGCCGUGUGUUCCUGAUGGGCAAAGAGAAUCCAGAAGACUUGGGAGUGGAUGUAUCUAAGUUGUUGCAGAUAGAAGGUCAACAUUAUGGAGACAUCGUUCAGUGGGACUUUAGCGACACCUUUUUCAACCUCACCUUGAAGGACGUUCUCUUCUGGAGCUGGUACUUACGCAGCUGCAGCCAGAUUCGCUUUGUUUUUAAGGGGGAUGACGACGUCUUUGUCAACACACCAAGCAUGAUCACCUAUCUCCACGAGCAGUUAGGGUUGCCCCAUGCAGAACAGACCAUGAAUGAGUUCAUGGUGGGACAUGUCAUCGGUGCAGCUUUCCCCAUUCGACUUAACCAUUCCAAGUACUUUGUCCCAGACUGCCUAUUUAAGGGGCUUUACCCCACGUACGCAGGCGGCGGAGGAGUGCUUUACUCAGGCCGGCUGGUCAAACGUCUGCAUGACAUCUCCAGAAGGGUUCACCUCUUCCCAAUUGAUGAUGUUUUCGUUGGGAUGUGUAUGUCUCGGCUCAACGCAGCCCCCAUCCACCACCCUGCCUUCCUCACCUUUGACUUUUCUCAGAAGGAAGCGAUGGACCCAUGUGCGUACCACAAGAUCUUACUUGUCCACAAACGAAGCCCAACGCAGCUGAUCGCACUGUGGGACGACAUGUCCAAGACAAAGAACCAGUGUUGGAACGUGUCACUCAGGGUUUCUGACAAUGAGACAACCACAACCAAAACAACCAAAAUGAAAUGACAGAAAAUGAUUCAGUUCGGUUUUGUCUCUUUUUUUUGUGGUUCAGUAAGCAAAAAGUAAGAGUCUACAGUACAUAAAAACAGGCAAGCGCAGUUUAAGGGACAUCUCCUGCACGGUGGAAAGAAGAUGUACCGCUACCGGACGUCUUAACGCAACAAGGCAAGCAAGUCUCAUUUGUUUAGAUCAAGGGUGUCCAAACUUUUCUCACCAAAGGCCGCAUACAGAAAAAUUCUAAGGUGUUCUGAUCCAGUCAUGGCAUAAACACUGUAUGUAGUUGUUAAGGGCCACAAGGACUAGGGGGGGUCACAUGAUCCUGGCAACCGCUCACUUCAGUCGCUGAUCAAGUUGUCGUGCUCUGCAGGUGUUUGCUUGUUUGAUACCAAAUACUUUGUAAAUGUUUAUUUACAUACCAUAAUUGUUUCCAAACAGUGUCUGUAAAACAGCAGUAAAACUGUUUUUUAAACAAAACAGAAGUCAUCGUCAUGGACCCAGUAGCUGUGGAAACUAACUCUCCAAUCAACUAAACAGACUCAAUAAGUCCAUGGUGGUGUUUUGGUGAAUUUAUGAAACUGGAAAAAUACAAAAAAAAUGUCAUUGUAAGUUAAUAACACUAACACAGACAAUUAAGUAAGUGCAGCUCUAUCCUCCUUCAAAACCGCACUAAAAUAACACCUCCAGGCAACUUCAACCCUUGACUAACACCCUCCCCCUUCCACAUCCCACCUCCCUGUAUUGUAAAUAACCAAAUGUAAAUAAUCAAAUGUAUUUCUAAUGUAUAUACUUGUUCUUAUGCUUUCUGAACUCACUAUGUUCUCUGCUCGCUGUACAUAUCCUACCAAGUCAGACCUACACUGUUUCAAUGCCCAUUUCUCUGAUGAUGCAAUUGUUGAUGACUGAAGUAUGCUGUUAUCAACCAAACCCUCCUCAUCCCACCCCCCGGAUUGUAAAUAAUGUAAAUAAUUCAAUGUAUAUACUCUGAUUAACUUGUGUGAUGACUGUAUUAUGAUGAUAGUAUAUAUUUGUACCAUGAAUUGAUUUACGUGGACCCCUGUAUAUACUCUGAUUAACUUGUGUGAUGACUGUAUUAUGAUGAUAGUAUAUAUUUGUACCAUGAAUUGAUUUACGUGGACCCCGACUUAAACAAGUUGAAAAACGUAUUCGGGUGUUACCAUUUAGUGGUCAAUUGUACGGAAUAUGUACUGAACUGUGCAAUCUACUAAUAAAAGUUUCAAUCAAUCAAUCAAUUGUAAAC